AUGGGUAAAUGGAUCAACGAUGGAUCCUUGAGGGAUUCGGUUCCCACAGUCGAUUUCCCUUCUUAUAAUCUGUUGGGGAGACCAGCCAAAGGGUUUAUGGAGAAAAGGGAUAGCGUGGCUAGGUUUAGGUGGGUCUGGUGGUUGUUGGGUUCGAGAAAGAGGCGAGGGGGUAGUGGGCUCGGUUGGGAUGGACAACGUGGAGGUGGCAGUGGGCAGUCGAAUACAAAUCCAAAGCAAUACAAUUAUGGAACAGAAGUAUCGAGUCCAGCUCCUCUUGAUUCUGAUUGGUCAAGCAGUGAAGGCAGGAGGCAGGCUCCUCCUUAUUCAGACAAGUGA